AUGGAUCAGCGAGACGCUGAAGGACUCACGCCGCUCCAUGUAAGGGCCAAAAAGGGAGCUUGGGCGGUCGUCCAACUGUACCUUCUGAUGGGAGCCGAUAAGAUGGCGCGAGACAUCCACGGUCGAACUGCCCUACAUCUUGUAGCUGGAAAUGGCCACUUGAACGUAGUGGAAAUGCUGUUGUCUUACGAUAUCAGGCUCAGAGCAGAGCAAUCCGAAUCUGUGAGACAUGAGACGAGCGGUGGAAAGCUGGUUGGAGUACAAGAUAUUCAAGGACGCACGGCGCUCCACUUAGCGGCCGAUUUGGAUUCGAACGAGGAGGUCGUUUGCUUACUCCUCGAGAAUGAUGCCGAGAUUGCAAAGCGCGAUUUCCAGGGACGUGAUGCGCUUCCCGACUUGACAGCAAAGUCGAUAUUGAUGUGGGGAGUUCAACACGGCCACCACAAAUCAGUGGACCGCCUACUGAACCACUUCAAGUUGACGGGGUUAGCGACAGAUCCCGCAAUACUAGAAUGGGCAGUCGGGUGCAAUCAGGUGCGGAUGGUAAACUCCCUGUUACGCGCAGGCAUGUCGCUUCCCGAUAUUCCAGGUGUACUGGAACGACUGAUAAAGGCUGAUCAGCUCGAAAUGAUCAGAACCCUGCUAAACAACGGUGUUGAUGGAAUUGUCGGUAGCUCAAACUGCGGACAACGAACCCUCAGAAUUGCGGUGUGUAAUGAGAGUCUCGAUGCACUCAGGAUGGUGCUAUCGCUUGAUUCCCAUAAGUGGAACGUUCUAGAGAGUCUCAGUAUCGACACGGCUGAGGGAUGGAGAGCUGUGUCAUUCAUAGUUGACAAGGGUACGGAGGAGGACGUGGACGUACUUUGGCGACGUCACGGUUUGUCCAGAUUCGCUGGCACAAAUUCCAUGAUCAAGGAAACAUUGGUUCUCGCUGCUGAGAAAAAAUCGUGGAGCAAAGUCUGGACUCUAAUUCGUGAUGAUGCCAUCGAGAGAUUCGGCAUCGUGCGUAUCAAUGAGCAGACGCUUCUACUCCUGGUGCUGCAUGAGUUUCUUGGGUCCUCGAGUAAUAGCACCGAUGCUCAUAAGCUACAAUUGGCGCGUAUUGGUGAAUACUUGCUACCCUACAUGGGGCGCGAGAUAGGCGAAACGGACGGAGAGGGCAAGACGGUACUGCAUCUGGCAGCAGAGGCACAGCUUUGGGAAAUAGUAGUGGGGAUUGUUUCUUGCGCUCUGAAGAUGGACGUCGACCUCGAAAUUAAAGACAGUGAAGGUCGAGUGCCCCGGGAAAUGGUCGAGGAGAAAGAUAUGCGGGAAUAUGACCAAGCUGUUAGGCGAGGUAUCAAGGCACACAAGCAAUGGAAUACUACCUACCUAGUGAUUUAG